AUGCCCUUCGUUCUACCCGUUAUUAUCGGCUUGUUACUUGGUUAUGGGUCUAGUUUAGUUGAUUCAAAUCUGUGUCCAGAAAAUUGUCUUAAGGGAUCAUGUUGCGAAGUUGAUAUAGGUGAUUUUAGGUGUUGUCCGUAUGAUAAUGGUGUGUGUUGUAGAGAUGGAAAAAGUUGUUGCCCUGAAGGAAGUAGAUGUAACCCAAAAACUGACCAGUGUAUCUUUGUUGAUGGAAGUUCUUCUCCGGCUAAACAGCUGUCAGAGAAACUUAACAAAACGAAACAGAAAAGUUCUUACACGGCCCCUUUGAAAAUCUCAUCGGAAAAUGUUAUUUGUCCUGAUCGCCAGUCUGUGUGUACUGAUAAUACUACGUGUUGUCCAAUGUCGCAUGAGAAAUGGGGUUGCUGUCCGCAUCUUAAUGCUGUUUGUUGUUCAGAUGGGCAACAUUGUUGUCCGCAUGGUUCAGUAUGUGAUCCAACUCACCAUCUGUGUACACCUUCGAGCUAUCCUCAUAAAUUGUCAAAAAUGAAUGACUUCUUUCAAAAUAUACAUCUUAUGCCGACUUGGUCAUCUGCUCGUAUCAAUCCAUCUAAAAUUAUUGGAAAGAAGUUAGCAAAUCAAUUGGAAGCUAAAUACUUCAUGGCAUAUUCAGGUACAUUGUGCCCAGAUCCAUACUUCGAGUGUCCAUCUAAUACAACAUGCUGUCAAAGUAUGGAGGAAGGAUGGGCAUGUUGUCCGUUAACCGAUGCUGUUUGCUGUGAUGAUGGAAAACAUUGUUGUCCAAAUGGAUAUAAAUGUGAUUUAGGUGCUGAAAGGUGUAUACAAAUUUCUUCGAAUGAAUUAAUGAAACCUCCAGCACCUACCUCAAUUUUAUCACAGUCAAAAAAGAUUUCAAAAAAUAUUAUAUGUCCUGACAGUGAUGUGAUGUGUCCUUCAGACUCUACUUGUUGUAAAGUACCUGAAGGAGGAUGGGGUUGCUGUCCUUUCCCACAAGCAGUUUGCUGUUCUGAUGGAACUCAUUGUUGUCCAGCGAAUACAACGUGUAAUAUAGAGGCAGAAGCUUGUAUGAAUGCAUCUGGUGCCAUUAUCUCUUCAAUACAAUCGAAAUUUGUGCCUAAAUUUGAUAAUAACUUAACAAAUUUACCUGUUAACAUCUGUCGAGAUAACAAGUCAGCUUGUGUAGGUGGUACAUGUUGUCCGGGCCUGGCUGGUAGUAGUGAUCAACUGUCACUUUGUUGCCCUCAUGAAAAUGCUGUCUGUUGUGGUGAUGGCAAGCAUUGUUGUCCUAAAGGUACAGUAUGUGAUAUGAUCAAUGGAGGUUGUAUACCACAGGAAGAUUCAUCGAAACCUCAAUCGCUUCUAUUGUUCAAAAAGAUUGCAGCUGUAAAAACUGACUCGAAAGAUGGUGUUGACGAACACUCGGAUGUAUUUACUCAAUUGUGUUCUGGUGGCAAAUUUAAAUGCCCUGAAACUUCGACAUGCUGUAAACUAUCUAAUGGAGAGUAUGCUUGCUGUCCAGUCCGUAAUGCGACCUGUUGUACAGAUGGUCUUCAUUGUUGUCCAUCAGGAACAACAUGUGAUUAUAAGAAAUUCUCUUGUAUUCAGCUGGAUAAUACUACUAAUAAUAAUAAUAAGAAUGGCAAAACAGCUGGUGAAUUACUUCGUAAGCAUGAACUACAGUCAAUUGUUGAAAUACUUGGACAUCAUGUUUGUCCAGAUCAUCAAUCUAUGUGUCCAGACGAUAAUACCUGUUGUCAACUACUUGAUAAAUCAUGGGGCUGUUGUCCUCUAAAAGAUGGUAUCUGUUGUGCUGAUCGUUACCAUUGCUGUCCAAAUGGUUCUGUUUGUAAUUUGGAAACAAAACAAUGUAUAUCUCCAACUAAUGUAAAUCUUCCACAUACACAGUUAAUCACUGAAGCUUUUAUUAUGCAAAAAUCUAUUCUGCAACCAUCUGAUGCUUUGUAUUCUCAACCAUCAUCAAGAGUAGAUGAUAAUCAUGAUGAGAAGGUUGAUUUCAAGAAAGCAAGUUGGUGCGGUGCAUGUGGUGAUAGUUGGGCAUGUUGUCCUGAUGAUGCUUUAAAUUCAUGGUAUUGUUGUCCAUAUAUAGGUGGUGUAUGCUGUGCUGGACAAAAUACUUGUUGUCCAUCAGGAUCUCGAUGUUUAAAUGAUGGAAAGUGUGAAAAAUUAUUGUUGAACAACUUGUCUAAACCAUUUGCACCCAGAUUAAUACCAUCUAUUUCAAUUAUAAAGGAUAUGAAAAGAUCACAUUUUCUACCAUCAAAUAAUGAGAAAGGACGAUUCAGUAUACAAUUAGCGAGUACCUCUAGACCUGCUGAAAGAAAUGUAUUCCUUUUAUAUCAACGUUAUCGAUUUCUCAAGAGAUAUUUGCAUACAAUAUGUCCUGAUUCACUUCAUUAUUGUACUAAAUCUGAACAAUGCUGUCGUUCCAUACAAUUUGGUUAUACUUGUUCACCGAAACAGUCCAAAUGUUGUGAAUCAAAUGGGGAUACAUUUUGUCAAGAAUCGAAGGAAUGUUCUUCAGAUGGGAAAUUCUGUGUUUAA